CUCUGACAGAGCCGCAGCGCUGCGCCCCCUCCCCGCGCCGCUCCCGCCCGCGGACACGCACCCCCGGCUCUCCCAGAUUUCUGAGUGAAGAUGAAUUUAGCAGAGAUUUGUGAUAAUGCCAAAAAAGGAAGAGAAUAUGCACUCCUUGGGAAUUAUGACUCUUCUAUGGUAUAUUACCAGGGUGUCAUCCAGCAAAUCCAGAGACAUUGCCAGUCGAUCAGAGAUCCAGCAAUUAAGGGCAAAUGGCAACAGGUCCGACAAGAAUUAGUUGAAGAAUAUGAACAAGUUAAGAGCAUUGUCAACACUUUAGAGAGUUUUAAAAUGGACAGGCCUCCAGAUAUCUCUGUAUCCUGUCAAGAUGAGCCGUUCAGAGAUCCAGCUGUUUGGCCUCCUCCUGUUCCAGCAGAACACAGGGCUCCACCUCAGAUAAAACGUCCCAACCGAGAUGGAAAAUCUUUGAAGAAAGACUCCCCAGGACUGCAGCCCCGCGGGCCUGCGGGCAGAGCACACGUGGUGUCCAAGGGGGAGAAAUCUUCCUGCAGCCGAGAAAGGGAAUCCAGAGCCAGAGGAAGGGAUGACAAGGGAAAGAAAAUACCCCAGGAAUUUGGCGAUGGGGAAAUUCCAAAAUUUGAUGGAGCAGGUUAUGACAAAGACCUGAUCGAAGCUCUUGAAAGAGACAUUGUGUCAAGGAAUCCAAGCAUUCAUUGGGAUGACAUAGCAGAUUUGGAAGAAGCCAAGAAAUUAUUAAGAGAAGCUGUUGUUCUUCCAAUGUGGAUGCCUGAUUUUUUCAAAGGGAUCAGAAGACCUUGGAAGGGUGUGCUGAUGGUUGGUCCUCCUGGCACUGGCAAAACAAUGCUAGCAAAAGCUGUUGCUACAGAAUGUGGGACAACAUUCUUCAACGUGUCUUCCUCUACAUUGACGUCUAAAUACAGAGGCGAGUCUGAGAAGCUGGUCCGCCUCUUGUUUGAAAUGGCACGGUUUUAUGCGCCAACAACAAUCUUCAUUGACGAGAUAGAUUCCAUCUGCAGCCGCAGAGGCACGUCUGACGAACACGAGGCCAGUCGCAGAGUCAAGUCAGAGCUGCUUGUGCAAAUGGAUGGGGUAGGUGGUGCUCUGGAGAAUGAUGAUCCUUCCAAGAUGGUUAUGGUAUUAUCUGCUACAAAUUUUCCCUGGGACAUUGACGAAGCUCUCCGACGGAGACUGGAGAAGAGGAUUUAUAUACCUUUGCCCACAGCAAAAGGCAGAGCAGAACUACUGAAGAUUAAUCUUCGGGAAGUAGAACUAGAUCCUGAUAUCAGCCUUGAAGAAAUUGCUGAGAAGAUUGAAGGUUAUUCUGGUGCUGACAUCACUAAUGUUUGCAGGGAUGCAUCUUUAAUGGCAAUGAGAAGACGUAUUAAUGGCUUAACUCCAGAAGAGAUUCGUGCACUUUCUAAAGAAGAGCUUCAGAUGCCGGUUACCAAGGGGGACUUUGAGCUGGCUCUGAAGAAAAUCUCCAAAUCUGUUUCUGCUGCAGACCUGGAGAAGUAUGAAAAAUGGAUGGCGGAGUUUGGAUCUGCUUAAUCUCAGUGACAGCUUUCCUUCGGUGGAGUUUUAUGGUUUUUGUUGUUCUCACUUUCAAAAUGAGUUAGAAACCUUUUUAAAGGUUUAAUAAAAGGUCUGCCUCUACCCUCAUCUCACCCCUUUCUGCUGACAGGAUCUUUUAAGUUGUUUGCCUUUAAAGGGAAUGAGCACAAUAAUGAGCUGAUAUUGUAAAA